CACAUCAGUUCCCCUUCAUUUACAUCUGCAUUCCUUAUUAUAUCAACUCUCAAGCUUUCAAUGUUUCAGAUCUAAAACAGUCUAUUGCUGAUCUGAUAAACUAUUGCUUACUGUUUACCAGGAGCGCUUUAUGUAACAGCCAACGCACGGAAUGGCCACAUUUGUGUUUAAUUUAUAAGUGUUUAUUUUGUUUACUAGACUAGUAUUUUAACGUGUAAGCGGUGGUAAAAUUCCAAAGAUUUGAACAAAUACCAUGAUAGCAGCAUUCCUGUGUUUUCGCCAGUUCGUCGUUUUUCAACACACAGGGACUGCGUUUUCUACCGCGAUACUCCACGCAUUACGCACGGGGCUUUGUAACCGCACUGCCCGAGUCAGCCGAGCUCCUGUGUUAAGUAACCAGACCUACUGCCCGUGCCAUGUGACUUCACAACUCGCUCUCCGGGGCUUCGUCUUAUCCGCUUUACUUCAGUUAAAGCCCGACUGAUCCACUCGGUUGGUGACCACACUAGGACGCAAACUCCGAAAGGGAACCAUGGCGAGCGACGGACAGAAAGUAGUCCUGAUCACCGGUUGCUCCUCCGGGAUCGGAUUACGGAUCGCUGUGAUGCUCGCGAAAGAUGAGAAAAAACGUUACCAUGUGAUCGCCACCAUGCGGGAUCUGAGGAAGAAGGACAAGCUGGUGGAGGCAGCGGGUGACGCCUACGGCAAGACGCUGACGCUGCAAACCCUGGACGUGUGCAGUGACGAGUCUGUCCGGGAGUGUGUCCACAGCAUCAAAGACCGACGCGUGGACGUACUCAUUAAUAAUGCAGGGAUCGGUUUGGUGGGGCCGGUGGAGAGCAUCACCAUGGACGAGAUGAAGAAGGUGUUUGAGACCAACUUCUUCGGCGUGGUGCGCAUGAUCAAGGAGGUGAUGCCGGACAUGAAGAAGAGGCGGGGCGGGCACAUCCUCAUCAUCAGCAGCGUGAUGGGCCUGCAGGGUGUCGUGUUCAAUGACGUCUACGCCGCCUCCAAAUUCGCCAUGGAGGGGUUCUGCGAGAGCCUGGCUGUGCAGCUGCUCAAGUUCAACGUCACUAUGUCCAUGAUCGAGCCUGGCCCGGUGCACACAGAAUUUGAGGCAAAGAUGGUGGAGGACGUGUCCAAGAAAGAGUUCCCUGGGACCGACCCCGACACAGUGCACUACUUCAAGAAUGUCUAUCUGCCGUCCUCCGUCGACAUCUUCGAGGCCCUGGGACAGACUCCUGAUGACAUUGCCAGGUGCACUAAGAAGGUGAUCGAGUCGAGUCGUCCGCGGUUCCGGAACAUGACCAACCCCCUGUACACGCCCAUCGUGGCCAUGAAGUACGCAGACGAGACGGGGGGUCUGUCGGUCCACGCCUUCUACAACCUGCUCUUUAACUUCGGCCCGCUCAUGCACGUCACCAUGAAUGUGAUGAAGUGCCUGACCUGCGGCUGCCUGCGGAGCCGCACCAUCUCCCCCAACUGAGUGGAAGGGGUCUGACCUGCUGGCUCCGCCCCCUUCUUAUUAGGCCCUGCCCCUCACAAGGCUCCACCCCAAAUGCCACCCCAGUGGAGCUGUGCCUUGAAGCACGUAGCAUCAGCUGUGAAGGAAAACAAGGCCAGGCACGCACACACACGCACGUACGCACACACUCACAAUCAUACGCGCGCACACAUACACACACACACACACACGCACUGUGCAGAUCCUCUGACAGUAUUGUCUCUUGCUUACUCUGAACUGAUGUAAGCAUCCAUUUUAAUUUUUAUUGUUUUUUGUUUUCACUUUUUACUAUAGAAUGUGCAUCCUUUAAAAAAAAAAACUAGCAUUAAAACACAUACAAAUGUAUAGC